CUUCUUUCUCGGUUUGGUAACUUUGGUUCUAUCAUCUAUGGGCAAUUUUCUUUUUACAUUUGUUCUCAGUUUAAGGUUGUGAUAUGAUAUUUCUUAGGCUUUGAUUUGUUUCCAUCAAUUGUUGGUGCCAUUCAUUUGAUAACUGAUUUGGGUAGUUAUUGGUGAUCCUUAAAGUUAUGAGUUGUUGUUUCUUAUUUAGUCGAAAGCUUCAUUCAUCACGUACACCAGCACCCGAGUUUCAAGAAGAGUUCUCGGGUAUUGAAAAUGUGACCUUCUUUUCCUACAACGAGCUAGCAGAAGCUACUGAUGAUUUUAGUUCUAGAAAUAAAAUUGGGGAAGGUGGAUUUGGUUCGGUUUAUAAGGGAACACUUAAAAAUGGAGAGAUGGCAGCAAUAAAGGUUCUUUCUGCAAAAUCGGUACAGGGAGUACGCGAGUUUUUGACCGAGAUUAAAGUAAUUUCGGAUAUAGAUCACGAAAAUUUAGUUAAGCUAUACGGGUGUUGUGUGGAAGGCAGUCAGAGAAUUCUGGUAUACAACUAUCUCGAGAACAACAGUCUUGCACUAACCCUUCUCGGUACGAGAUGGAGCGGUGUUCAGUUUAGCUGGAAAACGCGGACUAAAAUCUGCAUCGGAGUUGCAAAGGGGCUAGCCUAUCUUCACGAACAAGUAAACGUUGUCCACCGAGAUAUCAAGGCAAGUAAUAUUCUCCUCGACAAAGAUUUGAUGCCGAAGAUUUCAGACUUUGGCCUAGCGAAGCUUGUUCCGCCUGAUAUGACUCAUGUCAGUACUCGUGUUGCGGGAACUUUAGGUUACUUGGCACCCGAGUAUGCAGUACGAGGCCAAUUGACAUAUAAAGCGGAUAUUUAUAGUUUCGGGGUUCUUUUGAUGGAAAUUAUAUGUGGAAGAUGCAACACAAACACUCGGUUACCCGUUGGAGAACAAUACCUCCUUGAAAAGACAUGGCGAUUAUACGAGAGAGGGGAGAUGGAAUUGCUCGUGGACAGUUUGCUGGAUGGAGAAUUUGAUGCAGAAGAAGCCUGCAGAUAUUUGAAAGUCGGGCUACUCUGCACUCAAGACGCCCCGAAGCUUCGACCUUCCAUGUCAACCAUCGUCAAGAUGCUAAUUGGUGAGGCGGAGAUCGAUGGCUACAACGUAACGAAACCGGGACUAAUCUCCGACUUCUUGGACCUCAAGAUUAAAAACGCCCCGAGGUCUAACCCGGGAAAGAUAGAUGCUGCAUACAACCAACCACCAUCCUCGAGCUCCGACAAUUCGACGUUGCCAUCUGAAUCGCCUUCUUCUCAGGUUACUACCUUCACUACCAUCGCAAAGUAUGAUAGUACUUUAUGCUAACUUUGUUGAUACCAUUUAAUUCUUCCCUUUCUGAGAGCGUUUGGUUCACAAAAUGUGAGAUUACCUUAGUGGUAUUUUGAGUUGUUACUAAAAGUGGUAUCAACUUUGGUGUUUUAGUUCACUACAAGUUUUUUGUUUGUAAAUUUUAAUGAUGUUUUCUUAAAUUCUCCUUUCUUUACUAUGCUUUGUUUGGUACAUGGAAAUUAGAUAGCUUAGAAUUGUGGCUUCGGUUAGUCUUCAACUUUUCUUGUGGUUGAUUAGAAAUUGAUGUUAUAUUUGAUUUGAUUUUUGUUUUG